AUGAACACGCAGCAGUCCGGUUCAGAUAAGGCCGAGGACGCCCUGCGCGGCCACGCGCUGCGGAACACAGAUGCCAGCACAGACGGCGAGAGCGACGACGCAGGCGCGCCGGCAGCGGGCACGAUCCGUCGCGGCGGCAUCCGUGUUGACCGCGGCGACGGCCCGCUCGGUCACGACGCCACCAGGACGAUCGCCCAGAUGAACUCGCAGCUGACGUCGCUCAAGAGCUGGCAGAGCCGGCACAAGGCGGAGGUGGAAGCGCUCAAACGCCGCAAAGAAGCCCAGCUGCACGAGAAUUUCGCGGCACCGAUCGAAGACGUCGCGCGGGCCGAGCUCGACCCCCUGUCGGCGCCGGGCCGCGAUGCCGACGCUACGCUGCUCCAAGAGCUGCGCGACGCGGACGCCGAGAUCUCCCGGCGCCUGGCCGAGUCAGGGCCGCGCCAGCCCGCGAGCUCGAGCCCGAGCCUGACGCUCGAGCAGCUCCGGCUCCUCGCGGGGCUGUCGGCGGGCGACGACGCCGCGCCGUCCACUGACGCUGCCGCGGCGCGCGGCACGCCGAAGACCUCCGGGGACGGCCAGCGGAGGAGCGUCGACGAGCGGCUGCAGGCGCUCGAGGACGACCUCGACGUCCUGUGCGGGCUCGAGGCGGGGAGCAAGAUCGCGGAGCUCGGGGAGUGGGAGCGCGACCUUGAUAGCGUGCUGGGGCGGCUGGGCGAGCUGUCGGGGAAGUAG